AUGAGGUCUUUUAUUGUUGGACUGGCGUGUGCUGCCGUGGCGUGGGCGGCCGGCGGCGCUGAUGAGCUUGACGCGCGAUGGAAUGAGCCGACUAGGACGACGACGAUUGUGACUUACACGACGGUUACUGUUUGUCCGUAUACCACGACGGUGACACAUGGUGGAACAACCGUCGUCGUCACCAAAUCCACGCUGUCGACCGUAACCCUCACCAGCUGCAGAGGCUGCGAAGGAGCCACGGUGACGGUCCCCGGACCAACCGUCACCCAAGGCACCACGACGCUGGUCGACAUCACCUACACGACCGUGUGCCCCGUCACGGAGACCAUCACGGCCCCCGGAUCAACCUACCUCACCACCAAGACGGUCACCAGCAGCGUCGUCACCAAGGUGCUCACCACCAUCUACAACACCGUGGUGCAGCCCGGCGUCACCAAGACCGCCACCGACGUGGUCCUCUCGACAAUCACCUCGCUCUGCCCCGUCACCCAGGUCACCACCAUCGGCGGCAAGGAGCAGACAGUCACCUUCACCACCACCAGCCUCAUCACCACGCUCGUCCCCGUCACCGAGCACAAGACCGUGGUGCAGCCCGACCGCACCAAGACCGCCACCGACGUGGUCCUCUCGACAAUCACCUCGCUCUGCCCCGUCACCCAGGUCACCACCAUCGGCGGCAAGGAGCAGACAGUCACCUUCACCACCACCAGCCUCAUCACCACGCUCGUCCCCGUCACCGAGCAGAAGACCGUGGUGCAGCCCGACCGCACCAAGACCGAGGUCCACGGCGUCACCUCGAUCAUCACCUCCCUCUGCCCCGUUACCCAAGUCACCACCAUUGGCGGCAAGGAGCAGACCAUCACCUUCACCACCACGAGCCUCAUCGAGACGGUCGUCCCCACGACGCUCCAGCAGACCGUCACCCAGCCAGGCCAGACAAUCACCGCCACCGACGUGGUCAAGUCCACCAUCACCAGCGUCCACCCCGUCACCCUCGUCACCACCAUCAACGGCAAGCAGGAGACCAUCACCACCACGGCCACCAGCCUCAUCGAGACCCAGGUCCCCGUCACCGUCACCAAGACCAUCCACGGCGAGGCCACCACCGAGACCCUGACCAACGUCGCCUACCAGACCGUCACCAACCUCGUACCCGUCACCGAGGUCGUCACCGUCGGCGGCGAAAAGGUCACCGUCGUCAACACCCGCACCGAGGUCGUCAAGGUCGCCCACUCGAGCGUCAUCUUCCAGACCGUCACCGCCCCCGGCCAGACCCUCUCCUCGGUCCACGUCCUCACCGUCACCGAGACCCUGGGCGGCGGCCUCGCCACCCAGACCGUCACCGUCCCCGGCGGUCCCGGCACCCCGGUCGUCAUCCAGAGCACAAACACGGUCCACCAGAGCGCCCCGUCGUCCACCCUCGUCGUCACCCAGACGUCGGCUCCCGUCGUCACCGCCGCCGCCCAGGCCCAUGCCCCGGCUGUCGGGUACCUCUUUGCCGGCGUGAUGGGUGCCAUGGCCCUGUUGUAA